AUGGAAAGAAAGGAAGGUGAUUGGAUAUGUCCCGAUAGCUCGUGUGGAAACAUAAACUUUUCGAAACGCACCAAGUGUAAUAUCUGUGGAACACUUAGGCCACGAGAACAGCCUUCUAAAGCACCUGGCACCCAGAAACAAGGGGAUUGGACCUGCAAUAAGUGUGGCAACUUAAACUGGGCCCGAAGAACUCACUGUAACAUCUGUAACACUGUAAAAUCGACUCAGGAACCCGAGGAUAGAUUGGGUAGAGGAGGUGGUUACUUUGAUUUGGAUGAUCCUAGAGACAGAAAAGAACACCAUUCUGACGACGAAGAGUACGAUGAAUUCGGCAGGAAGAAGAAGAAGGGGACAAAGGCCACUUGA